ACUUCAAAGGGUGGUUGAAGUUGAAGCAGAGACAACAUACAACUGAUAAGGCAAUAACGAAACCAUGUCACUCUCCUCCACAACUUCCCACCUCACUAUCCUUCCUUCACUUCCUUCAACUUCACCACUUUCUCUCCGAUUUUCCUUCACUUUCCGAGAAAAAAGAAACCAAACCACACCUCUCACAACAACCCUGUUAGCUUCACCAAGGACUGCCACUGCUAGAUUCUUGGUGAAGUCUCAGGCCACAACUACUCCUGCUUCUUCCGAGGCUGCGAAAGUGACACAAGUGCCUUCUGAAAUGAAGGCUUGGGUGUAUGGAGAAUAUGGAGGUGUUGAUGUUUUGAAAUUUGAUUCCAGUAUUGCUGUCCCUGAUGUUAAGGAAGAUCAGGUUCUUGUUAGAGUUUUUGCUGCUGCUCUUAACCCUGUUGAUGGUAAGAGAAGACAAGGGAAGUUUAAAGCCACUGACUCUCCUCUUCCGACUGUUCCUGGCUAUGAUGUAGCUGGAGUUGUGGUGAAAGUUGGUAGUGAAGUAAAGGAUUUCAAAGUGGGUGAUGAAGUGUAUGGUGAUGUAAAUGAGAAAGCACUUGAAGGGCCAAAACAGUUUGGGUCUCUGGCUGAGUACACAGCUGUUGAGGAGAAAUUGUUGGCACUAAAACCUAAGAAUUUAGACUUUGCUCAAGCUGCUUCUCUUCCUCUUGCAAUUGAGACUGCUUAUGAGGGUUUGGAGAGGACUGGUUUUUCUGCUGGUAAAUCUAUUCUUGUUCUUAAUGGUUCUGGUGGAGUUGGAAGUUUAGUGAUUCAGCUAGCUAAACAAGUUUUCGGAGCUUCAAGAGUUGCUGCCACUGCAAGCACUAGAAAUUUGGAGUUGUUGAAAAGUCUUGGAGCUGAUUUGGCUAUUGACUACACAAAGGAGAACUUUGAAGACUUGCCAGAAAAAUUUGAUGUAGUUUAUGAUGCUAUUGGGCAAUGUGAUAGGGCAGUGAAGGCUAUAAAAGAAGGUGGCAGUGUAGUUGCACUUACAGGUGCUGUUACACCACCUGGCUUCAGAUUUGUAGUAACUUCCAAUGGAGCAGUUCUGAAGAAACUAAACCCUUAUUUAGAGAGUGGAAAAGUGAAGCCAAUUGUUGAUCCCAAAGGCCCAUUCCCUUUUGAUCAGGUGGUUGAAGCUUUCUCUUACGUUGAAACAAACAGAGCUACUGGAAAGGUUGUUAUAUACCCCAUCCCAUGAAUCAAAUAAAAAUUUUAGGCAAUUUUGUUAUGUAUCCAGUGAUUUUCAUUGUUCACACUUUAUCGGUAAAUAAGAGUUCACACCCUAUGUAUCUAGUGAUGGUCACAUUUUCUCCCUUUAAUUGUAUGUUUGUUUCAAGAGAAA